UAAGGCCCAACGACAACUUAAACCCGAUUCGUAUUUUCUUGAAUUUUUCAAUCCCGGGUUUUGGACUAGACACCUUCCUGUUUCCACAAAAUGUUUGGCAACAAACCCCAACAUAAUGAAAAUCAAGAUCAGCAAGAUACCAGCAUCGAUUUAGACAAAGAAGCAGACAACCCUUCUUUGCCAAUUCCUACAGCAGACUGUGUUAAAAUAAAACCAAAAUGGGGGAAAGUUAGAGAUAAACAUUGUCCUAUAACCUCAGGACUGGUUCAAGAGGGAAGAGGAGAUGCACUCAGACAUUCAAUAUUCGAUGAGAAGAAAUAUUCCUUUAAGAAUCUCAAACUAACUAAGUCCACAACAGUCAGAGUUGGGCCUGAGGCGGUUAAAUUAAAGGAGGUGACGUCAUCCAAGGCAUUUGAAGACAGGGCCACACAUAUAUUAAACGAGAUGAGAAAACAACGCAGAUCUCUUCAACUGGAAUAUGUGGCAAAGGUUAGUGUUCCGAAGAAAGUAAGCGGCUGGCGAGACAAACUGAAUAGAAGUGAUAGUUUAAAAAAGGACGAGCAAAAUCUUCAGCAAUAUUUGGGUAAAAAAAGAAACUCUAUUACUAAGUUGGCCGGUCAUCUGAAGCGAAAACUGAGUAUAAGUAAACCAGAAGGAACAGAAGAGAAAAACAGCUCAGAAUUAGAGAAGGAUGAAACAGAAUCUCCUCGCACCUUCGCCAGAUCUAUGAAUCCACUUGAUUUCAUCAUGAUGAAGGAAGAAUAUAUAAGAAAGAAUCCACCACCACCCAGAAAAGAAUUUGUCAAGGAGAGAUCAGUUGAGAGUGAGUCUGGUAAACAAUCAAUGGAAUCUGUUAUGAAUAGUUUGAAGAAAAUUGUCAAAGCCAUAAACCCAAGGCGGGAGUUUCCCAGUGAUGUAAAGAAGAGAGAAGAUGAUGAGUACAGAAAAAGAGAAGAUCAGAGAGCGAAGGUGUCUGCUCAGCUACGCGAAGAGAUUUUAGCGCGUGCGCGGCCCUCCACCUGGGCAUCAGCCUGCUCAUGGGAGAACAGGAUGCAGAAGUACAGAGGCGCAUCCAUCACACCCUUCAACUCAUACGCUACCAGAUGGAAUAGUCUUCAGGAUUUAAGACAGGUGGAAGAGGAGAAGAAGGUGGUAGAUAAAAAAGCUGUAAGAGAAAGAAUACAAAACAAGGUACUUUCCCUAGUAAAUCAGCCUAAGGAGCGGAGAUUAGAGGAUUAUUUCAAGGAUUGUGAUCACAGAGAUUUCUCCGUAAAAGGACGAACAAAAAUCAAACCAAUAGAUUACCUGAUUCCUGGUAUUCUCCCAACCAGAGAAAUAAUUCUUGCUCUGGAGGCCGUAGAGUACAGGAGAAGAGAGUUAACAGAUAUUAUUGCGCAUUUUAGCAAGGAAAUAAAAACUAAAAAGAAGGCGCACACUGUGAAGCCUAUAGAGCAUGGGAAGGGAGAGAAAGGAGAAUCAAAAUACAGUUAUGGUUUAGUGACGCGAAGUAAUGCCCUGUGGGAGACUGUUAAACCUAUAAAUGUUGCUGUGAGAAUGAAAACCGAAAUGUUUUCCUCAAACCUUCAUAUUCCAAUCAGAGCAAAAGUAUCUGUUGACAGUUUAUAUGUUGCUAUCACUACCUGCCCUGGCUCUGUAGGAAGUACACAGUACAGCGAACAGCAUAAAUGGGAACAUUUAAAGGGAUGCGCUCUAUUCAGUAUUGUAGGUUUAUCUGAACCGGUUCUAUCAAUUGCGGUACAAAAUAGGCUGCUAGUUGUGUCCCUACCAACUGAAGAGGUUCUAGCCCAGGAACAAGCGGAUGCAACUUUUACUAAAUGUGAACGUAAACCUCAAUCACAACUUGUCAAAGAUAUGAUAACAACCUCAUCCGGAUCCCUCAGUAGAAUUAGUUUCCACACUCAGAUAACCUUCAACUACUUUGAUGCUGUUAUGCUGGUUACAAGAAUUUUUCAUCAGGUUUCUACGGACUAAAAAGAAUGCAACGAGAUAUAAAUGGAAGAGAGAAGAAGUUAUAGCAAGAGAAUUUUGCCAGCAGAGAAAGCAGAUCGUCUGGGAUCUUAGCCCCGGAGUUCCAUAGGGAGUUAUUUAGCACAAAGCAUCCAAUCAGAAGAGUUGAAUGGAAAUAUUUUUGCCCCUGGCAAAUAUCUUGUAGAUCAACUCUAUUCGGUCCAACAAUAAUCAUUUGUAUGGUUAUAAUGUAAAUAUAUUGUGUGUGCAACCAUGCUUUGUUAUUCCACUCAAUCUUGGCUUUUUAGAACUGAAUUCUUUUCAAGUCUACAUGAUGAAAUGCCCAAAUUUUCAAGUAUGCCCUUAAAAGUUUAUUCUAGCCAGAUUUUUUUGUUUCACAUAGCAUCUAGCUGUCUUUGUGUAUCGAUUCAAUACUAAUUGGUAAACAAAGGCGACUAAAAGUACAAUGUCAGAAAACCAUCAGUUAUUUGGGAUUUAAAUAAAUCAAUUGUUUUUUUCUGGGAA